AAGCUUCUAACUAAUAAUUUUGCAGCUCUCGUCUACCUGUCCACGGGCCAGUUUUUCCCUCCUCUCUUCAAUUUCCCCUUUUUCUCUAGGUUUCUUGAUUUCCUUUUCCCUUCUCUCGCGAUUUGGGAAUCAAUCAUCAUGAGUAAACCCGACAAAGACAGCUUCGAUAUGUCCGAGCUCGACUCCUCCCUCCCAGCCGCUGCCGCCGCUUUGAGUGCGGAGGAUCGUGCUGGUUUAGUGAAUGCCCUUAAGGAUAAGCUGCAGAAUUUGGCUGGGCAGCACGCGGACGUUAUGGAGACGCUGUCACCCAAAGUGCGGAAGCGCGUCGAGGCGUUGAGGGAGAUUCAGAGCCAACAUGACGAGCUAGAGGGAAAGUUUCUUGAGGAGAGAGCAGCUCUUGAAGCUAAAUACCAGAAACUUUAUGAACCAUUAUAUACAAAAAGGUUCGAGAUUGUGAAUGGUAUUGUGGAAGUGGAAGGAGUGACUGAAGCUUCAAAGGAACAGGGAGAGACCCAAGCAAAUGAAGGUAAAGGUGUACCUGAAUUCUGGCUGACAGCAAUGAAGACGAAUGUCAUAUUGUCUGAGGAGAUCUCAGAGCGCGAUGAAGAGGCUCUAAAGUAUCUAAAGGAUAUCAAGUGGUGUAAGAUUGAUGAUCCCAAGGGUUUUAAGCUCGAGUUCUUCUUUGAUACCAAUCCCUUCUUCAAGAAUUCUGUACUUACAAAAACAUACCAUAUGAUUGAUGACGUUGAGCCGAUACUAGAGAAGGCAAUAGGGACACAGAUUGAAUGGUAUCCAGGCAAAUGCUUGACUCAAAAGGUUUUGAAGAAAAAGCCAAAGAAGGGGGCGAAAAAUGCGAAACCAAUUAUAAAAACUGAAAAAUGCGACAGUUUCUUCAACUUCUUUAACCCACCAGAGAUUCCAGAUGAUGAAGAUGAAAUUGAUGAGGAUGAGGCUGAAGAACUCCAAAAUCUGAUGGAACAAGACUAUGAAAUUGGCUCCUCAAUUCGCGAUAAAAUAAUCCCUCGGGCUGUUUCAUGGUUCACUGGAGAGGCUGUUCAAGGUGAUGAACUUGAUAUGGCAGAUGAUGAUGAUAAUGAGGAUGAUGAUGAGGAUGACGGUGAAGAAGUGGAUGAAGACGAGGACGAUGAUGAGGAUGAAGAGGAGGUCAAGGGAAAGAAGAAGCCUUCUGGACCAAAGAAAAGCACUAGACCACAAUCUGGGGAAGGUCAACCGGGGGAACGUCCUCCAGAGUGCAAGCAACAGUGAGAUUUGCAGACAGUAGCAACAGGAUGCUGAAAUCGUUUUUGUUUCCUUCUUAUUGUCUCCAUGAAUUUGAAGUUCGUUCCGCUCCUGUUCUGUUUCUUGUUUACUUCUGGCCUUGGUUUUCUAUGGUUGCUGAGUGGAAUCAUCUUGUUCCGAGCUUUACUUGAGCAUGUAUUUCAUUUGGUUUUAGCUCAUCCAAUCUCCUUUCUCUGUAAAACACCGACUGGACAUAGUUUGCUGAUGGAUUAUGUAUAUGAGUCUAGUUUGUUUUAAUCAUCGUCCGCCCCCCGCCCCUCAUUCACGGCAAAGACACUUUUUCAAGUUCAAA